UUCGCGCAAAGCUCAGCGUGGGAUCUCUGUCUCUCGUUCCUUUCUCGCGACACGUGAAUUCUCUCGUGGCUCUCAAAAUUCUCUCGAAAAUUAGAGUGAAUCCGCACAAAUUUCAAGUAAAUUUGGAAAUUAUUGACGGUGUGAAGUUCAAAAAAUUGGCCACUGUUUUAGCGGAAGGAAGAAAAAAUAACUCGAUUAUUGCUUCGCUCGAAGAUUUCAAGUAAAUUUGGACUAUUUUCACGCAGAUUUGGAAAAUUACCGACGUGUGGAUCUCAAAGCAAUAUUUUCGUUGUGUUACAAAAGACCUUCGGUGCUGCUGACCAAUUCCUAAAUUUCUUUUCGAAGAUUCUUCGCUGCGGAUUUUAAGAAACACACAUUUUCGAAUUUUUUUGAUUUUUUGGUGAGGAAAAUACUGACGAUAUAAUUUUUCAAGAGAAUUCUCGGAAAAUUGUUACUGAUAAGUGGAUUUAAAGUUUUCGCAACUCAUUCUUGAAGUUUCUUCAGAUCGUUCAAAACACCGUCCAGUUGGCAAUUUUUCAAAUUUUUUACAGCGAUCACUGAAAACUGAAGAAAAAAAUUUUGGCCAAAAUUAUUUUUAACGCAAACUGAGAAUUACAUCUGAAUGGACGUGACAGCUUAAGUAUAUAGUCAUUUCAGCCGUGAACUUUUUUCAUUAGUGAGUUGCUUGGGGUCCCCUCGGGUAUUUUGGAUCAGGUGAUACCGCGUGGUUUUUGAAAAUUGCAUCUCAGUUAAAAAGAUCUGACAUUCGUUUUUUUCGUGGAAAUGCCGGCAAGAAUUUUUGACUUUUGACCUUUUUGGUGCGAGAUAAAUCAUUUGUGAAUUUUUGUCAAGAAAUUUCUGACAACACCACGUAGCCAAUUUAACUUUUUGGCAAAUAAUUUAAGUCUCAAAAAAUUUUCAACUUUACUACGCUCUAUUCGAAGAAAGCUGUUUUGUUCGUGGAAAUUCUGCACACCCGAAAAAUUUCUCUCCGGCUGCGGCAAUUGUGACUUUGUGAAUUCAUUUUUUCUGUUAUUGUAGCUGCCCGGAUUUGUCUAAUUACACGUGAUUUGGUUGUCUAAUUUGUGGUUUUACGAUUUCAUUUACGACAUAAAAUUACCUAGCGGCUGCCAAAAUCGCCAAAAAAAGUUUAUGAACCCUCCGUAGGUGCAUACGUCCGUUUUCUAUUUGGAAAUCAUUAUUGAAGUGAAUUUUUUAAAAUAUUAAAAAAACGUGACCUAGAGUGCAAUUAUUGGUUGAGUUGAAUCAUCAUAGCGUGAUCCGAAGAGCCCAUACUUGUGAAAGAUGUCGCCAUCGUGAGAAAAUGGAAACUCAGAGAGUGAGAUUCAGUUUGAUCCAUUAAAACCUGUUCAGCCGCUCGAGUUGAUCUUAGAACUCUUCUUAGAAUUUUUUUGAUUAACAAGACACGAAAAAGCCACAGAUGCUGCAAUUCUUCGAGAAAACCCUGGACAACGAUUCGAAUGCCGCCUUCAUGAUGAAGAUGAGCAAAAUCGGGAACCAAACCAACUCGCAAGACCCGCAAGCCGUCAACUCGCGGGUUUUUGUCGGGAACCUCAAUACAUUCCAGUGCAGCAAAACAGACGUCGAACGAAUGUUUCAGAGAUACGGUCGCUUGGCAGGAAUCUCAAUGCACAAAGGCUUCGCGUUCGUCCAGUUCACGAACCCGUUUGACGCAAGAAGUGCUUGCUUAGGAGAAGACGGCAGAACCGUCUUAGGUCAAAUUUUAGAUGUAAAUCUAGUUGCGGAGCCAAAAGCCCACCAGACUGGCAGAAAACGACAAAAUUUGACUAAGACUGGAAACGACUGGGAGUACUACUAUGACAGCUACUACGCGUCACUCUUCUCACAACCGAGGUUGGUGCCUCCACUCAAGCGACCGCGGCUCAUGCUGUCGGCUACGACGAAGGCCUCAAAGCUAGCCCCCCCGGGACCCGCCAAAGGACCCCCCUCCGGCCCCCUCCCCGCCGCCCAGCAGAAGGCCCCCGGCUCCCCAACCACCGACAGCGGCACCAUCAAAACAUACAGCAAUCCUGACAUCCUGAUCUGCGGGAACUGCAGAGACAUGUUCACGGAACUCCAGGAUCUUUUGGAGCACCGAAAGACCCACUGUAAACUGCGUUUUACGUGUAAAUGUAGGACGACCGAGAAUUCAUCACCGACAAAUGCCCAGUUGGAGAGCGAACGAGAAGCGAAGGCAUCUUUGCUGUGCGUGCAGUGCAAAGACUCAUUCCAAUGCGCGUGGGACCUCAUGGUGCACGUUCAGGCCGCUCACAUGCUCAACAUUUACGAGCUCGGGGUCCCGCCCAAACAUAACAACGGUCUCGAGGCUAUGAAUAACGGCAAAAUUCCCAGCUCAGAUCUCACCAAUGGCGAGGCUUCGGCGGAGGAGAUGACGUCAUCGCAAAAUUGCGACGCCAAAUUCAUCUCGACGCAGAUCACCUCGCAACGCUCUCCAAGCUCGGACUCGCUAGGUGAGGCGUCUGAAAAGAAUGAUGCGUCUCUCCUGCACGUUUUGACAAACGGCGAAUCUUAAGACCUCGAGAUCUCCGGACGACUCCGGGUCCUCCGGCCUACGAUGAUGACCAAUGGAGUGGCGUGAAUUGCGAUAUAUCGUUUGUUAUGCCAUUUAAACCUAUGGAAAAAGAUCGAUUAUCAGGGUGUUCGCAGCGAACACCUUAGUCAUCGAUUCUUUACCAUAGUUUCAAAUGGCAAGAUAUCGAUAAUCGAUUAUUCACGCCACGCCACUGAUGAUGACCCGCGAGUUGCAAUGUUGUGGACCACGCAAGCAUCAAGAGUACCGCUUAUUCAUUCCUCAGCGGCGUUUCUGAAGAACGCGAUGACCAAAAAAGAAGGGGAAAAAUAAACACAUGAAGGGAAUUGUUUUAAAAAGAUCAGCUUGGAGACUAGCGUAAUGUAAGAGGUAGCGAACAUUCAUAAAGGGAGAUUAUUGUGAGGUUGUUCUAUACUACCGUCCAACGCAAAAGCGCCGUACAAAUCCAUUCCAGCGGGCCGAUUAUUGAAACUGAUGGACAAGGCUAUAGACUAAGAAGACGUAGGGAGUAUGGAGCGAUCCUAUUGGUUGAAAUGGGUGGUUCCUGU